AUGAAUAUUUAAAAAAUCAAUUAUCAUUUUUGUGUAUGCUAUAAAACUAACCAGUAUGCAAAUUCAUUUGUGCAGACUCGGAGGAGUAGAAGACAAGCAGCCUACAGAUCAGGUGGAGAACAAGAGGUACCUGCAGUGUCCAGCAGCCAUGACAGUCAUGCAUCUGAGGAAAUUUCUUCGCAGUAAAAUGGACAUCCCUAAUACUUACCAGGUUGAAGUCAUGUAUGAAGACGAACCUCUGAAAGAUUACUACACGUUAAUGGACAUAGCUUAUAUCUACACAUGGAGACGGAACGGUCCUCUUCCUCUGAAGUACCGAGUCCGACCCAACUGUAAGAAGAUGAAGGUGAGCCACUCUCUGCAGGACGGUCAGAACAGCACCGGAAGAUCCGGACCAGAGAGCGACUCCGCCAGCGACAAAGCCGGAAGUCCAGCCGGGGCUGCAUCCACCUCGUCCUCCUUGCCGAGCCCCGGUACUCCCGCCCAGUCACCGCACCCGCAGAUCCCACACGGCUUGGGCAACACCAACAUCAUCAACGGGAGUCCAACUGCUGCUGCUGCACCUCCUCCUACACUUCCUCCUCCGACCUCCAGCCGCUCUUACAACCAGUUCAGCAGCGGCGUCAACAAGCCGAGGAAGGUGUCCCUGAACGGCUCCUCGUCCUCUGGAUGACCGCAGGGCCCCCGGGGUCGCCAACGCCAGAACCCGCUCAGCUAAUUCUGUUUUCAUGCCAAUGUAGUUCCAGUGUGUAGACACCGUUCUUCUCUCUGUUUCUGCCAGUCGGUCUUCAGCGUCUACAUAAAAAGUUAAAACACAGUCAAGUGGAAUCGGAGGCAUUUCAAAGUAAAAGCUUUUUAUGUUGGAGAAUAAGGACAAGACAUUUAGACGUUGUCAUCUCUCUUCUUUAAGACUUAAAAUGCUUUAUUUUACAAACGCGACUGAAGACACACUUUUAUAUUAUUCCUUUUCAGAUUUUUUUCCCAAUUUGUCGUGUUUAUCAUGAAUAUUUCAUGUGUGUUCUUUUUGGAAACGGUAAGUUUUUAACAUGCAUGCUCACGAACACUUUCUUUUAAAGAAAGAAAAUCUCACCACGUGGAACUGACCCUGACUGUAGUCACGAGAUGACUGCACAGAACAAUUGUUUUGCGUUAACACAAACUUUCAGAUUUACUCCAGCGGGUUUUUAAGACUCCACGUGUAGAUAGAGACAGAAGCCUAUUUAAUCAGCGGUGUUAUUCUCUUUAGCCCCCUCUGUUUUUGUUCUGAUGGAAUGACUCGGGCCAUCUUGCUCAGUACACACAUGUUUUCGUGUUUUUCCCGUAUUUGUAUCGCUCGAUUGUAUGGACAACUUAUUGUAUUGUUACUGUUGCACAGUAUAAAACAUCUAAAUAAAAACAUUUUACACGUA